AAGAGAGUCAAUUUAGUCGACAAAUUUCGUGUUAUGUCUUUGAAUCACGAUCUAAACGGUUUGGAAUUUAUAUCUUCAAUUGAGCAUACAAUUUAUCCAUUUUAUGGGGUUCAAUUUCAUCCAGAAAAGAAUAUUUAUGAGUGGAUCAAAGGUAUUAAAAUUCCCCAUGGAAAAAAUUGCUCCAAAGUUAGUCAAUUCUUCGCAGACUUCUUUGUUGAUGAAGCUCGAAAAAAUUUACACAAGUACGAAUCGGAGAAUGAAGAAUUGGAAAGUUUAAUUUACAACUAUCCUGCAACGUAUACUGGUUUAAAUAAAUCUACCUUUGUACAAUGUUACAUGUUCAAAAAAAACGUUUAGUGAAAUGAAAAAUGCUUAUAAGAAAAAGACCAUAAGAUUCAUUAGAAUCUUAAUUAUUUUUAUGACGACUGGCUGACGGCAGUAGCUAAUAAAAUUAGUAACAUACUCGAUUUUUGAUAAGAUUGUAAUAGAGUUUUACAAUUAAUUAAAAAUGUAAAUACAUUAAGAAAACAGUGUCUAUGCUUAAGAAUAUUUCCAAUUAAUGAAAGACAAUUUUUUUGAAUUUUGUUGUGUACUGACUUA